GAAGCUUUUGCACGAAUGACAAAACAAUAUCUUUCGUCUGCAGAGGGAUGAAUGAUUCUCCGUGAAGCGUCAACAGUUGCGUCGUUUUCAACAGUCUGUGCCUGUCGGAUAGAGGAGACCUCAGACAUGGUGUAGGAUAUCAGAAAAGAAACAAGCAGUUGAAGUUGAAGAAUGAGACGAGGCCUGUGCCAACGUUGGUGGGGAGCGUGAAGGUUUGACAGUAGCCGUGGAUCAGACACAGGCAGGUGGAGGCUCCCCAUGGAGAAGGAGCAGGGCAGUGUGGCCUCCGGUGCCAGCGUCACCACCCCAAGCACUACCUUAAACUCCAUCAGCAUCAGCACCACCUCCUCAAGCAGACAGCAAGUGCUCCCUCAGAUAUCAAUUUAUGGAGGAAUCACAGACAGACAGACAGUUCAGGUUAUCCAGCAGGCUUUGAACAGGCAGCCCAGCACAGCCGCAGCACAGUACCUGCAGCAGAUGUAUGCAGCCCAGCAGCAACACCUCAUGCUUCAGCAGCACCUAAGCCUGGCUGCCGUACAGCAGGCUAGUAUAGUGGCAGGAAGACAAAGCUGCAGUCAGAAUGGCACUGCAUCCCAACAGACCGUGGCUUCCCAAACCACUAUAAAUCUGGCCACAUCUCAAGCGGCUGCUCAUUUGAUCAGUCGAGCUCAGAGCGGGAGCUCUGUUCCUGUCUGUAUUGCCCAACAGGCCGUGCUGCUGGGAAACUCCACCACACUCACCGCCAGCCAAGCACAGAUGUACUUACGAGCUCAGAUGGCACAACAGACUAAUCUCGUGCAAGUAGCCAGGAGUCUUGGGCGAGCUGUUCCUUUGUCCCCCCAGUUUAUCUUUACCCCAACUGCAUCGGUCACAACAGUCCAGCCAGAGACCUCGGCACUGUCAAUUAUCACACCGUCCAACGGCGCACAGGUUCAGAAUUUGGCUCUCCGUGGCCAGCAGGGAGCGCUGGCUUCCUCCCUCUCUCAGACACAGCUACAGAGCCUGAGUUUGAAACAGUCCCCCGAGGCAUCAGCGCAGCUCCCUGCAAACAGCCAGCCGGCGGUCCGACUGCAGGGUCAUGGAGCUGAGCCACACCCACAGGGCUCUGCAGGGAAGGCCGGGUGCACAGAGACGUCCCCAGAGACGGGGAGAUGCAACGACAAAACCAGUGAACCCAAAAUGCGGGAACUCAACACGUGUCCUAGUGUGACCUCAGUAUCGGGCCAUCCGCUCAUCAGCACAGCAUAUACUCAAGUCCAGACCCAUCAGUUGCUCCAACAACACAAGCAGCACUUUGUGAUACAGCAGCAGCCUCAGAUAAUGCAGAGAGCUCAAGCUCAGCUCUUAGAAGCCGCCACCAUUCCACCCCACACAGUACAAACUGUAACCAUCCAGCCUGUCCUGCCAGCUCAACCUCAGCAGUGCCCUGUCCUGCCCAAAGUGCCUGUUAACUGCCAACAAGCCACCGUCUUCCAUUCCACGUCUGCUCUCAGCCAAAAAGGACAGUCCCCCGUUCUGAGCCCAAAAAAGGAAACUCCUCUACAGCUUACCUCAGUUAACCUACAGAUCCAACGAGCUCAACUGGGUGUAGCUGCACAUGAUGGGUCUGAUAAUGACACCUCUGUUCCUCUUAAAGUUAGAGACCUCUGCCCUGUCCAGAACCAUCAGCAGCUGCUAUCCAUACCAUCACAAGUGCCAACCCAAACAGAACAAUGCCAAUGGCUUAAACAAUGUGAUCAAAGCCACACGACAGAAAACAAAGAAGUCAACAGAGUGAAUGUGAAGGCAGGUGUGGGCUCACCUCCAGCCAUGACCUCGGGCAGCGGGAACAACGCGCCGACUGUGACCGGCAGCACUCCGCAAAAUGGCGAGAGUAAACCACCGCCAAAGGCCAUAGUGAAACCCCAGAUCCUCACUCAUGUCAUCGAGGGAUUCGUCAUUCAGGAGGGAGCUGAGCCUUUUCCAUUGGAACGUCCAUCUUUGCUGCUGGAGAAUUUAAAGAAGCAGAAUCAGACUUUUGACACUACAGAUGCUGAGAUGGAAGAUCUAUCACAGCAAGAGCUGAUGAACCAAGAUGGAGAGCCCGUUCUGUCAUGCGAAUUCUGCGGAAGUGUAGACCUGGCAUCUAACUUCAAGAGAUCAAAGCGGUUUUGUUCUAUGGUGUGUGCAAAAAGGUAUAAUGUGGGAUGCACAAAGCGAAUGGGACUCUUCCCAAGCAAAGCAAAUUUGGAGACCAUAAAAAAACAGAGAGCCUCAGAUAUCAAUCAUCAAAACAACCGCACGGAUAUAAAGAAACAAAAUCCCAGUGCCCUAGCAGCCACCGGAGCAUCCAUGUUGUCCCCACACCCCUCCCAUCCAAGUCACGGCGAGUCGAGUCUGUGCUCGGACAUGUCCAGCUACGAUGAGCCCCUUUCACCGCUGUCAGCCGCCAGUUCUGGAGCUCAGAGGCUUCCCAACGAGGAAAGAUCAGAGCUCCCGUUCCUCACCCAGCACUUCCUGGCCAGUGACCCCGUCAAGUGGAACGUGGAGGACGUUUAUAAAUUCAUCUGCUCUUUGCAAGGGUGCCAGGAGAUCGCUGAAGAGUUCCGUUCUCAGGAGAUCGACGGUCAGGCCCUGCUGCUCCUGAAGGAGGAUCAUCUCAUGAGCACCAUGAACAUCAAACUGGGGCCUGCACUGAAAAUCUUUGAUCAAAUUAAUAUGCUUAAAGACUCGUAGCGUUUCUCAACACUCCAACUCCUGAACUUCUGCACUGGUUUCCUCAUCCCACCGUGGCUUUGGGUUGCGGGGAUGGCUGCUCCUCAAAACUAUUAAAAAACCUGUGAAUACCUCUGGUCACUGAACUGUUUCGUCCCCAAAAGAUUGAUGGUGUGAUUGAUAAAUGAACUAUUCAGCUGUGCCAGGCCCAGGGGGGCAAUCCACAGAAGGAAAGCACAAGUACUUCACCAUUUGUGCAAACAAAUGCUCGUGAUUUAUAGACAUGAAAAUGUUUGUUUUAUGGUAGUGGGAAACAGGUUUACAGUUCCUUUGUUUUGAACUGGACUUUGUAUGUGUUAUAAUGAAACUAGGAACAUCUUUCAUCAGCUGGACUUUGUAUUGUAGUUCUGCUUCUCGUCACAGAAAAUGUGAUUGUUGGUUAGUCAAGAAGAGUUCACGCAUCAUUAGCCUUGCAGUGUGUAGGUAGCGAACCGUGUUCAUGUAUCUGAGAAGACAUUUCUCUGUAACAUGCAAGUACACCUUAUGUGUGUCCUGGAAGAUGAGACGUUUUACCCCAGAUCAACAGGGAUAAUAGUUACGAAUAUGAUGACUAUCCAAUAUGUGCCUAAUACUUCUCUAAACAUCCCAAAGAUUUUGUACAUUAUUUAAACAGGUCUCGAUUGUGACUGGUUUGACUUAAAAACUGGUUCCUUAAGUACAUUUCCCAGCAUCCACACUAAGGAUUGCAGCUACAGCAGCUCCACAUUUACGACGAAACUUCUCAUUUCUGUUCCGAGCGCAAUUCAUUUCUUCUCGGUGUGCACUCAUCUUUGGAAAUCUAGUGCCGCUUGUCUUUAUUUGUCAUCAUAUGAUGCAAUUUCUGUAUUUAUUGUGAGCAAGGCUCUGAUUCUGUUUUUAUAUUUGGAAAUAAAAAACCUCAAAGAAUCACCAUGGCUAGUUUUUU